UCUGUCAAAUAAACUAAAAAUCUUUAUAUUCAAAUUUUGAUUUAUUUUGCAAUUAUGUUGAAUAUUCCAUUGUGAUAUUACCUUAAAUGAUAAAUGAAGCACAGAGUUAAGUUUUAUCAAAAUUAUUUCACAUAAAUCAAGUACGUUCAGUAUUUAAUAAUGUGCGAAAAUGGUUCAGAAUAUAAUGACACUGUUGAUCCUAGAGUUCAUGUUGAAUUAGAGAGACUAAAUAAUGCAACAGAUGAGAUUAACAAGCUAGAAGUAGAAUUGGACGAAUGUCGAACAGCAUUCAAACAACUUUUGUGUGAAAGUACGCUAAAAGUCGAUGCAAUUCGUGUCAAAUUGGGUAUGUGCGUCGAAAGAGCCAGGCCUUAUUAUGAAGCGAGAUUCUACGCCAACGAAAUGUUCAAACAUUCUCAGGUCGCGGCUUGUAAAUUUGAGAAAGCCAAUAGUGCCCACAGUGCAGCUAGAGAGAUGGUUUAUUUGGCAGAGCAAGGUCUAGGUGGUAGAACUCUUGAUCCAGCAUGGCAGGAAAUGUUGAACCAUGCCACCCAAAGGGUUAAUGAUGCUGAGAGAGAUAGGGGGCUUGCUGAGACUGAGCACAGGAUUGCUUGUGUAAAACACGACGCUGCAAAUGCCAAGGUACAAAGUCUACAAAAGGAAUUGAAACGAGCAAUAACAAAAAGCAGUUUAUCCAUUCGAAGGUCUCUUAUGCAAAUGAGUAACAUUUUAUCACAGCAUGAGUUGAUGUUUUUACCAUAUUACGAAAUGAAAGCCCACUACAACCAACUUCUCGAGCACCAAAAAGCCAGAGUUCACACUUUAGAAUCGCAAGUAGCCAACGCCAAGCUUACAUACGCAGACGCUUUAAAGAGCCUAGAACAAAUCUCCGAUGAGAUCCAUCAAAACAGAAAAAGGGUAUCUCUUUUGGCGGCGAAUUUCGCGAGCGGUAAACAGCGAAGUCUGGAUUCGAAUAUUUCUUUAUUGGACGAUGCUCAAGAACUGAUCGAAGAAUUUAAAAGUCUUCCACAGAAACUCGGAGAAUUGUCUAGUCCUAUUUCUUCCAAGCUUGAGGAGGUUGAGGGUUAUCGAAAUCCUCUGUUUAGUGCAUCACCGACUUCGCCGCUGUCUACCAGUGAAAGACUGGAACAACCAAGUAUCGCACAAAGCCAUUCGAGCGAGUGGACCGAAAUUAACCUGGAUAGUUCUAGUCCUGAGGAUAACUCGCCGAAUAAAAAAUUAGAACGUGACUUUGGUAAACCUCUGCUGACCAGGCAGAAAACUUUACCGAAUCCAAAAUCAGAUAACGAAUACUCCGCAAUUAAAAGUAAGAUGAAAUUAGACCACAGCAUAUCAAAUUGGAUCAGCAGAUCGUCCGCCAAAAACGAAGAUAAUAUUCCAAUGAAUGGCAGCCGACGACAAAGUCUAGAUAAUAUUCUCGGUCCAACUGGGGAAAAAGUUAAAGAAAUUUUCUCGCAAGGGAUGAUGAUGCUGAACAUCAGCGCUCUAACCGAACGAAGAAAUAGUGAACCGAAACUUGGGCUGACUGAAGAGAGAAUGAGGAACGGAACUACCAAAAAGAUUCCUAGUCCUUUGGAAAAAACUCUUACAUAUCUUACUGUAGAGGAUGACAAUUCUGAUACAGAUAGUGUUUCAAGUAUUGACAUGCUAAACGAAGACCAAAUUAGUUCCUUGAUGUUGGACCCUAAUAUCGUUUGCGAACAAGUCUUGGGUACUCCAAUGGCCGAAGUCGUCUACUUACCCCAGUUUCUUUCUAGUCAGCCAAUAAAUUAAAGUAGUAUAAAGAAAAGGGUUAAGAAACAGUACAAUAAGCAUUACCUAAGUAAAAUUUCGGUUCGAAAUGCUGCUUUCUUUAUUGAUGGUAAAAGGUAUUGAAGAUGUCUGCUUUUAUGUGACAAUAACUAGUGUUCAACGCUUUUUUAUUAGCGUGAUAUUAGAAAAUAGGUCUUUGAAAUACGUCAUAGUAAUGCAAAAAAACUUUAAUAUGAUAAACCAGUGUUGAUGUAUACUUAUACAAUUCAAGAUGUAUACAUAAAACUGAUGAUAACCACAUAGCUCGAAAGUGCAAUAUGUAUUUGGUUGGUUGAAGCAUAAGUUCCGCAACAAGUCAGUAAACUUCUGAACAAUACGGAAUACCUCCACAAGUUUCUAUUUAGAAAAACGAAAACUGGUGCUUCUAUUUAUUUUCCAGAGAUAAAUCGAUUCCAUCAAUUGCGAAUUUCUUGUACCGAUCAUAGGCGUCCGUUUUGGGUAGGCCAACGGUUAUUUUAUCGCAUAACUUUUUUGACUUUAUACAUUUUUGACACUAGAUUAUUGUGUGUGUGUGCUAUCGGAUUUCUUGACUGUGGACUUAAUCCAUUAGCCGAACCAAACUAGAUUAUUAAAUUGGUAGGUAUUCUAGUACUAAAAGGUACUCUUUCUUUAAGUCGGUAGGAUACACCGUUUUCUAAAAAAAAUCGAUUUGAAAAUUUUCGUUUUUUGAAUUUGAAAAAUUUUUUAAAAAGAAACUGUUUAGAAAAACGAAAACUGGUAUGCUUAUUUAUGUAGGAUUCGUUAAAGACAAUCGUAAUAAAAGUCUAAAAACAAAAGAUGUAGAUCUUUGAAACACACUCGGUGAUCAAAAGAUUCAAAGUUAAUGGUUUAACGACCACUCGUACGAAAUCAAACAGAUGAAAUAGAGAAUGUGGAAAAAUCCCCUUACGAACAAUUUUAUAAAACAUAAUAAUUUUUUUUAACAAAAACUCAAAUCUCAUCUUUACUGAUGAGCCCAGAGAGGUUGAAGAGGGCGAAACACAUUUCUAAGAACUGGUGAUUGGAUCUUUGAUUCUAUUCAAAAAAUUUUUCCCAUCCCGAAAUAGUGGAUGUGUGAAUUGUUCGUAAGGGGAUUUUUCCACAUUCUCUAUUUCAUCUGUAAUAAAAGUCCUUGUGAUGUUUAACAGUUUUAAUUAUUAAUAAAAUAGAUAACUCAAUUAUUGAUACUAUUAAAUUGACGAAAUGUAAAAGUGUUUGUGUAUUUGAGACUAAAAUUUUACGAGUUCUUGUUCUUACAAAAAGAAAUGUAUUUAGAGAUAAGUAAUUGCGUCUAAACAAUAUUAUAACCGGCUUGUUAUAAUAUAAGUACGUCUUAAAGCGUCUUUUACGUCUUUUCCCCAAGAACACGACUGUCGCGGUUCUCAUCUUAAAAUCGACUGUCCUGUAUUCAUUUCCACACUCACCAAAACCGUCCCCUUUCUUUCCUUCUUCAUGCUUAAAUCCGAAACUAUUAAAAUUCUACUGCAAUAAAUUUCGAUCCCUAUUAGAAAUAAAAAUUGGUUCACAUUGGCGAAUGUUAUUCUUACUUAUAAAGUUAAAAGUCUCACCGGCUACCGUAGCAAUCCCAAUUCGUUCCACUCAUCUGGGCCAACGGAGGUCCAUAUGUGCGAGACUCUUAUCCCGUUCUCGUAAUAAUAAUUAAGAAGAAAAUAUAUACAGUAAAACCUGCCAUAUCCGGAUCAAUGUGGCGACAGACCGAUCCGGAUAUGAACAAAUCCGGAUAUCAAGACCACUACUUCUUUUAGUCUCUGAAACGUUUUCUCCUUCAUACAUUCCAGUAAUCAACGCCGUCAAUAACUUUCGUCGAUAGACACGUUUUAUAGAUUCUAUAAUACAUUAUUUCGCCAUCUUUUAGUUCUUCUUUUAGUGCGUUGUCCAACAGCAGGACUGCCUUUCUCGGUAGAUUUCGGUAGAUCCAGACGGCGCAGAACCGCCCGGAUAUGGGGAGUACCGGAUAUGGCAGGUUGUACUGUACAUGGGAAUUUAAAAAUUAAUUUAAAAUAUUUACAAUUCUACAUUUAUUUUCCAAAAAUGAGUCGAUUUCGUCAAUUGAAAAUUUCUAGUACCGGUCAUAAUAUGCGUCCGUUUUGGGUAGGUCGACGAUUAUUUCAUUGCAUAACUGCUUUGUCUUUAAUUUUUAAGCAUUUUUGAUACUAGAUUAUUAAAUUAUGAGGUAUUCUAGUGCUAAAUGUAACUCUUACCUUUAAGUCGGUAAAAUACACCGUUUUUUUUUUGGAAAAUUGUUUAAGUUUUUUUUUCAAUUUAAAAAACGAAAAAUUUUCAUAUCGAUUUUUCUAAAAAAACUGUGUACUCUACCGACUUAAAGGAAGGGUAACUUUUAGUACUAGAAUACCUCAAAAUUUAAUA